AUGCGUGUGUUUCGAUGGACCAGGGAAUUUCAUGUGCAAAGAGAGUCAUCUCUAGUACCGGUUUGGGUAACUCUUCUGCCUCUGCCUAUUCAUUAUUUUGAUAAACACUCUUUGUUUUCCAUUCUAUCUCCAGUAGGAAGACCUUUGUUCCUAGAUUUGGCAACAGCUGCUGGAACUCGUCCUAGUGUGGCCAGGGUGUGUGUGGAGAUAGAUGUAGCGAAGCUUGUAGUGCCAAGAGUUUGGAUUGCUGUCGAAGGGGAAUCUGGUUUCUGGCAAAGUAUUGUGCCAGAAAACAUCCCUCCAUAUUGUUCUAUUUGCUCGCGUCUAGGACAUUCUCAUGUGGAGUGCAAAAAGAAUUUGGAUAAGGUGGGGUCUCGGCAACAGCCCAUGAAGUUGCAGCAGGAUUCACAGUUAACUGGAAAUCAGGUUAUCAUUCUUCAACCUGUUAAUAACUCAGCUGGUAAUGCGAAUGAAACAACAGAUACUGUGGUUUCUUCUCAUGAAAAACGUAUUACUGCUACGCUGGAUGGAAGAAAAAAUUUCCCAGGUACAACGGACAAGGCUUCUGGAUUUGUUUUGCAAGAUGAGGAAGGGGAUUUUCAGCAAGACUUCGGUGUUCACACUACUGUUGUUGAAGAAGAAACCCAGCCUGAAUCAUCUAAUGUAAAUGGAUACAUGGAGAAUGCGGCAAUGCAUGGGGGACAAGCAGUAAUGGGAAACCAGCUGGAGGAGCACCUUGGUCUUCAAAGUGAACGGACCCAGCCUUUUAAGGAGAAAUCUUUGACUAAUGAACAAGAGCAGCUGGCCGAAAUUAAUGCUUUAAGCAUUGAACAACAUAAUCUGUCCAACAACAAUGAUAUCGAUGGAAAUGAAUUGCUGGCCGCCAAAAAAGAUUUGCAACACCUCUAUGUUGAAUUACACGGCGUAGAAGAUGUAUCGUCCACACAACAUGGGGAAAAUUUACCUAAUAUUGCAGGAAAUUUGUCUAAAUGUUGA